AUCAGUUUUUUAUUCGAAAAACGACAUGAGGGAAAUAAUUCAUCUACAGUCCGGGCAAUGUGGCAAUCAAAUCGGAGCGAAGUUCUGGGAAACGAUCUCUGAAGAACAUGGCAUAGACGAGUCUGGUGCGUACACUGGAGACGAUGACUUACAAUUGGAGAAAAUUGAUGUCUAUUACGCGCAGUCAGGAUAUGGUAAAUACGUUCCACGGGCGAUUUUGUUUGAUCUUGAACCUGGUACAAUGGAUGCUAUUCGAGCUGGUCCUUAUGGUCAGAACUUCCGACCAGAUAACUUUGUAUUCGGCUACAGUGGCGCGGGAAACAACUGGGCAAAAGGACACUACACCGAGGGCGCAGAACUGCUGGACACCGUAUUGGACAAUGUGCGCAGGGAGGCCGAGAAUUGCGAGUGUUUGCAGGGGUUCCAGCUCGCGCACUCCUUGGGCGGUGGGACGGGCUCGGGUAUGGGCACGUUACUCAUGACGAAGAUCCGGGAGGAAUUCCCUGACCGGAUAAUGAACACCUUCAGCGUGGUACCUUCCCCGAGGGUAUCAGAUACCGUAGUAGAGCCAUACAACGCGAUACUAUCCUUCCAUCAGCUCAUAGAAAAUACGGACGAGACCUUCUGUAUUGACAACGAGGCUUUGUACGAUAUAUGUUUCAAGACUCUGAAACUCAAGACGCCCACAUACGGGGAUCUCAAUCAUCUGGUUGCCUUGACGAUGAGUGGCGUCACAACUUGCCUAAGAUUUCCAGGACAGUUGAAUGCGGAUUUAAGAAAACUGGCGGUGAACAUGGUACCAUUUCCACGUCUUCACUUCUUCAUGCCCGGAUUCGCCCCGCUCACGAGCCGUGGCUCACAACAAUACCGUUCAAUGACCGUUGGUGAACUCACCCAACAAAUGUUUGACGCGAAAAACAUGAUGGCAGCUUGCGAUCCACGCCACGGUCGCUACCUCACAGUAUCCUGCAUAUUCCGUGGUAAGAUGUCCAUGAAAGAGGUUGAUGAUCACAUGGUUCAAAUCCAGAAUCGAAACAGCGCGUAUUUUGUGGAGUGGAUCCCUAAUAAUGUGAAGACUGCCGUCUGCGAUAUCCCACCCCCCGGGAUGAGAAUGUCGGGAACGUUUGUUGGUAAUACGACGGCAAUACAAGAGUUGUUUAAACGAAUCAACGAACAGUUCACGGCCAUGUUUCGAAGGAAAGCUUUCUUGCAUUGGUAUACGGGGGAAGGCAUGGAUGAGAUGGAAUUUUGUGAGGCUGAGUCCAACGUUGCAGAUCUUGUUUCCGAGUACCAACAAUACGAAAUGGAAGAAGAGGAGGUAGAACAGGAUGAUCAUUCGGACGAUGAAUACUUUGACUAAAAACAAUC